AUGUCGCUCGAAUUGUACUUGUCUCACACCGGCCAGCGCUUUCCUGUUGAUGUGGCCGAGAUUCCAUCCCCUGAAGGGUUGAAACAAUGGAUCUCAAGCAAUGUUGGUGUACCUGGUGCUCGUCAAAUCCUGAUGACUGGCACGGGCAAGAAUGUGAAGCAACAACACCUCGUUAAGCAUGCCCAGAUCUUUAUCUACGACAAAUCAUUCCUGGCUGGACAAGAGCCUUCUGAUAUACCCGAAGAUGACAACUCCGAUCGAGCACCAAGUCUGGGAGAUCCUCCGUCCGAGCUCGAGAACGAGACCAGUCUAUCUGCAUGGCAAGAGCUAUUCAAGGCCCGCAGAACAUGGUCGCUGGAGGCGGUCGACAUUGUUAAGAGCUUGUCUGGUCGCAGUACCCAACUAGCCGAGACCUGCGAGAACAUCGACCGGAGUACCAUCGUCGCUCUUGAUAACCUUAAGAACCAUGUCUCGAAUCUUCAAGGUCUAUUCGAAAAGACACAAGCGUGGGCGUCCGAGACCAAGCAAGAGCACGCAGAUAUGCUACGGGAAUGGAGAAGCAUGACAGACACACUAAAAGAGCUCCCUAUACGAGAAGAUGUUGCAAGACUUAUGGACGGUCAGCCUAAGGAGAAUGUUAGAGGAGAUACCACUGACACCAUGUUUACGAUCCUUGAUCUGGAGGAACUCGAAUCCGCUGACACGACCCUUCGACGAUGCGCUGGUGACUUCACAACUCAGAUCAAUGCUAUUGCAGGAUCGAUGGAACGGCUCACGGACGAUUCCGACAACGCCACAGCCCUGGUCCAGGUUGAAUGGCCGAAUCUAGAGACCGAGGGUCUGAUCCAGGAGGUGGAAACACUGGUGAAGAAGAUCGACGGAGACUAUAGUGAUGUAUUACGAGCUACGUCCGACACCAAAGCCAUAUCCAAGGUUUCCAGGGUAGCAGCUAAUCACACCAACAGCCUCCUUCCAGGCAUACAGGAAGUGGUUCAAGAAAGUAUUCAGGUCUACACAAACGCUAUUGAGCACAAGAGAACUCUGACCAAAGUGUGCUUCCGAGUACUGCGGGCUAUAUCUCAGAUUCAGUCAACACUAGCCGGUCUGCAAGGCCGCAUCCAGAACUUGACCCUGGACGAGGAAGGCCAGCAGAGCUUAGAGACUCUCGAUCGCGUCUUUCGCUUGCCGAGUGCGUACGGCAGUAUUCUGAUCGAGGCAGUCCGCAGAUCCGAGUGGAAUGACCGUACCUUGGCCGACCUAAAAUCCCUAAAAGAUGAGCUCUCUCAGCACAAGGACGACGAGCUGCGACGAAGAAAGAAGUGGACAAAUAACAUGAGCACUUUUCUGAACGAAGACACUGUUGCCGGUUCGGCCAAUGCUAACACUCUAUCCGAGUUCUCAUUUUCGACACCAUCUAACCCAUGGCCUUUUGUUGGUAGAGAGGAGAUAUUUAGCUAUAUUGAUGAUUUACGUGCACUUGAAAUCAAUGAUGCAGUUGCACAAGCCACCCAGCAACUUCGUGAUCUUGAUACACCUUCAAAGCCCCGACGCUCAAGGCCAAGGCCUUUCAAAAACGGGAGCAUUCACGACAACAUGCAGAGCUCAUUUGUCCGCAACGGAAAUCUAGACCCCGAUUCCAAGGCACUACAAGACGACAAAGGCCGUCUCGAAGACAAGUUACGAGCUUCAGAGUCUCGAAUACGCAAGCUCGAGGACCUUCUGCAUCGUCAGAGUCAAGUACAGACGAGCAGUAGUGCCUCUCGUCCAGCCAGUAACGUAUUCACGCCUAUUGCUCCCACAGAUUUCGAGCGGCAACCUUCUUCUCCCGGUCCAGAUUCAGCCAAUCGACCUUGUCAAUUUGAAUCUUCUUCUCGACGUUCUUCUGUUUCAGCAAAUUAUCAGACACAUAUACGUCGUACCUCGAAUUCAACCACCGACGAGAAAGCAAUGGUGCAGAAAAUCGCUCAGCUUGAGGCACAGCUUCAGACAACAAAGAUCGACUCAGACAACCAGAUGAGAUCGCUGCAGGAAGCUGAAUCAGUCAAGCGUGAUCUCCUUGCAAAUUUCGAAGCUCAGCGUGCGGAAUUUGACGACGAGCGACAGAGACUGGAGGACGAUAACCAUGAACUCAAGAUCAAGAUUGAAGAGUUCGAGGAAGAGCUCGACCGGGUCAUGGGCAGCCGUGAGCACGAGAAGGUGCAAGGCGAGAACAUGCUGAAUCACUUACGGUCUGAACUCGAACGAGUGCGUAAAAGCUCAAUUGAGGAGAUCGAGCGCCUACGUACUGCAAAGGAGAACCGUGAGCAAGAGCUGGGCGUACACAAAGACAAGACUUCCAGUGCAGAACUACAAGUGCAACAGCUUCGCAGCGAACGAUCGAGCCUUCAGAGCCGGAACCUUGAGCUUGCAAACGAUGUUCAGAGCAUCGAGAGUCGGCUCAACGAUAUACUCGGAACUUUACAAUCGGUUCACGAGCACCUGAGCCCAGCAGGGUCGGCACCGGAUGAUCUCAAACGGCUCGCUAGUGCUUUGGAAGUUUUGGCUGAAGGAGCAACUAUCCACGCACGAGGCUUAGACGAUGCAUUGCAGCUGGCGACUGCUCAAGGCAAAGCUAGUGAAGAGAAGAUCGAGCAGCUUGAAGUGCAAGUGAAGAGGGUUCAGUCUACGAAGAAGGAGGUCGAAGCAAGGCUCAACCAGAAAGACGAGCAAUUACGUGGCGCACAGCACUCAGUCGACACACUGAGAUCUGAGCUGAACGGUGAGCGACGGCAGGUUGAGCAGUUGCAAGCACGAUUUGCUGCUGGUGAAACAGGGAGUGACGCUCUGCGAGCUCGGCUCUCAGAAGAAGAGAAGAAAGUUGUGGAGUUGACAGAAGCCAAGGACAAGAGUGAUGUCCAGGUCGAAAAUCUUCAGCAAACCCUGGACACACUGCGUGAAGAUGUGACUGACCUGAAUCAAGCUGCAGAGGCUCUUCGAGACAGACUCGAGGGUCGUCGGAGAAAGGCUAAGGAUCUCUCAGAGAGACUGUUCCAGCACAAUGACCGCAUGAUCCGCAUGCUGGAGAAUUUUGGGUACUCUGUGUCUCGUGAAGGUGCUGGGCUGGUCAUUCAACGUGCAAGCAAAGUCAAUGCUAGUCAGCUGCUUGGAGACGUAGCUGUGGGCACACCUAUGAAACGUCAAGUCUCAGGCAGCAUAGCUUUACAACACUUCACAGACACGUCUGACGCACAAACGCUCUACUGGACUCAUGACGAGGACGGCAAGAUCGAGGACACCAAAUUUGAGGCUUUCUUGAACACACUGUCUCGAUUAGACAUUGAUAGCACCAUCGAGCUGAUCACAAAGCGGUACAAAGACGUCGAAACUCUGGCGAAGAAGUACCAAAAAGAUUCACGCUUACAUAGAGAGAAGACAAAUAGGUUACAGAGCGAGGCACAUGAGAAGAUCGCUUAUCGCGGUUUUAAGGAGGGCGAUCUGGCACUGUUUUUGCCCACCAGGAAUCAAGCGACAAAACCUUGGGCGGCCUUCAACGUGGGUGCACCACACUAUUUCCUCAAAGAGAUGGAUGGGCAUCGCCUACAGACGAGAGACUGGCUACUUGCAAGGAUCAGCAAGGUCGAAGAACGUGUGGUCGAUCUCAGCCGAAGCAUUGGCAAUGCGAGCACAAAAGGAAUCGCAGAGGCUAGCGAUGGUGGCAGUCUACAGAGUAUUGACGACAACCCAUUCGAGCUAUCAGAUGGACUGCGGUGGUAUCUCGUUGAAGCUGCUGAAGAAAAGCCUGGUGCACCAAGCACGCCUGGACUGGGUAAGAGUACAGUUGCCGCCAGCGUGAUCGAAGUGAAAGCUCAUAUGGGUCGAAAGGGCAGCGGCACAGCUGGUAAAGACUCGGACCGGGCUGCUCCAGGUGCGGUCAAUGCUGCGAAGACACUGCACAAGAGCCUGGAUAGUCGCAGAAGCAGUGAGGCAAGUCGCAAGUCAACUGCACCCAUUCUCAAAACAAGCACCAGCAAUAGCAGUGCAUUGGUGCCGUUAACGAGUACUGGAACGGAUGGCGAGGCUGAAGGCACUAUGAGUUCUGCUGCUCCGACCUCGAGUGCGGCAGCAGGAUCUGGAUCAGUUGUCAAACCGAGUGACGUUGACUCUAAGCAGAGCAGAGCAAGAGAAGACGACAGAAUCUUCGAUGUGGUGAGACAGGAUCUAAUGCUUGGUCCGUAA